AUGUCGGCCAUGUCCCGUCACCAGACGUCCACCAUGAAGAUGCGGCGCAAGAAGAACGUGAAGAAGGGCAUCCAGUUCAGCUUGAUGGUUUGCGGCGCAUCAGGCACUGGUCGUACCACCUUCGUCAACACUCUCUGCGGCCGCCAGGUCCUCACACCUCUCGACGCUGACAACCCUACAACGGCGCAUCUCGAGGAGGGCGUUAAGAUCAAGCCCGUGACCGUGGAGCUUGAGUUGGACGAGGAAGGCACCCGUGUUUCCCUCACCAUCGUCGACACUCCCGGUUUUGGUGACAGCAUCGACAAUGAGGGAUGCUUCACCGAGAUUGCGAGCUACCUUGAGCGUCAAUACGAUGACAUCCUAGCUGAGGAGAGCAGAAUCAAGCGUAACCCGCGAUUCCGUGACAACAGAGUCCAUGUCCUCCUCUACUUUGUGCAACCUACCGGCCACGGUCUUCGCGAACUCGACAUUGAGCUCAUGCGCCGACUCAGCCCACGCGUCAACGUUAUUCCCGUCAUUGGCAAGGCCGAUUCUCUGACUCCCCUCGAGCUGGCCGAGAACAAGAAGCUGAUCAUGGAGGAUAUCGAGCACUACCGCAUCCCCGUCUACAACUUCCCCUACGACAUCGAGGAGGAUGACGAGGACACCGUGGAGGAGAAUGCCGAGCUCCGUGGCUUGAUGCCAUUUGCCAUUGUUGGCUCCGAUGAGGUUAUCGAGAUUGACGGUCGCAAGGCUGCCGCUCGUCAGUACCCAUGGGGAGUUGUUGAAGUUGACAACCCCCGUCACUCGGACUUCCUUGCUAUCCGCUCCGCCCUCCUGCACUCUCACCUCGCAGACCUCAAGGAAAUCACCCACGACUUCCUCUACGAAAACUGGCGUACCGAGAAGCUCUCUAAGAGCGUCGCAAGCGCGAACGAGAACAGCAUCAACCCAGAGAACGACAGCCUGGACCCACAGAGUCUGGCAAGCCAGUCUGUCCGCCUGAAGGAGGAGCAGCUCAGACGCGAGGAGGAGAAGCUGAGGGAGAUUGAAGUCAAGGUUCAGCGCGAGAUCAACGAGAAGAGGCAAGAGCUGCUGGCACGCGAGAGUCAGCUCAAGGAGCUUGAGAGCCGGAUGGUGAGGGAGCAGACUCCUAGCCAGCCAACAGUGAACGAGGAUGAUGACAGUCUUGGUGGUGCCCAACACUGA